CGUUUGUGCCGCCGCCUUCUUGGUGCGGUUGCGAGGGACGUGGUUACCCUGCCGGUGGGGGAAAAGAUGGAGAGUGAGCGGCACCAUCACUGCCCCAUGGAGGACAAGGAAGAGGCAAAGCAGCAAGAGGACGAGGAGGAGCGGCUGGAGAAAGAGCACUUCUGGAAAAUCAUUAAUGCUUUUAGAUAUUAUAGGAUAUAUGCACAUGAGAGGGUAACUCGUUCUGAAAAGCAAUUCCAGUCACUACCAGCAGCUCAUCGGAAGCUGCUUCCUAAUUUUCUUCCUCAUGUGAAAAAAUUAAGAGAGUGUAUUGAACAUAACUAUGAAAUUCUAAAGGAAAUUAUAAACAACUGCAAUCAUAUGUUUGAAAAUAAAGAAUAUGGAUUCAUUGACAUGGAGACUGACAUGGGACGAUUAAAACCAGCAUCUACCUUUGACAUGGACAAACUGAAGUCCACCAUUAAGCAGUUUGUAAGAGAUUGGAGUGAAGAUGGCAAGGCUGAGCGGGAUGCUUGUUAUCAGCCGAUCAUUGAAGAAAUCAUAAAGCAAUUCCCUCAAGAAGAACGCAAUCCUGCUGAUUUGAACAUACUUGUACCAGGAGCAGGACUUGGAAGACUGGCUUGGGAGAUUGCUCGACUGGGUUAUAGUUGCCAGGGUAAUGAAUGGAGUCUAUAUAUGCUCUUCUGUUCACAUUUUGUACUUAACAGAUGUUCUGGAGUUAAUACAAUGACAAUCUAUCCCUGGAUCCAUCAAUUUAGUAACAACAAGCGAUCAGCUGAUCAGAUUCGACCUGUCCAUUUUCCUGAUGUUGAUUCUCAUAGUCUUCCCUCUCAUGCUAACUUUUCUAUGACAGCAGGAGAUUUUCAGGAGAUAUAUACAGAACCAAAUGCAUGGGAUUGUGUGGCAACGUGUUUUUUUAUUGACACAGCCCAUAAUGUUGUUGAUUACAUUGAAACAAUAUGGAAGAUUCUGAAACUUGGAGGAAUAUGGAUAAACCUUGGUCCUUUGCUCUAUCAUUUUGAGAAUAUGGCAAAUGAAAAAUCAAUAGAACUGAGUUAUGAAGACAUCAGACAUUGCAUACUUCAAUAUGGAUUCAAAUUGGAGGUAGAAAAGAACUCUGUACCAUCAACUUACACAGAAAAUGACCAAUCCAUGUUAAAAUACCUCUAUGACUGUGUCUUCUUUGUAGCCAGAAAGCCUGCGCAUGCACCACCUCUAAAUGGCUUUCCACCAGUAAACAGUUGAGAAAGGAAAUGUUCACCUUUUCUUUGAUUACAGACUUUAGAUUAUAAAAUGGAGAAAGGAGUUACUCAGAGUCAGGACAAUCCAAUGACUCCAGAGACCACCGUACUCUAAUAGUGCCUUUUUCUUUUUAAAUUACUUCAGGAAUUCCAAACUAUUUCAGUAGUGUUUUUGGACAACCAGAAAUGUGCAAUGAAAUAAUUAUCCGUAAGAUUGGCAAAAUGAGCAAAGAUGAAGAAAGAAAAAAACAGGAUAUGAUACUCAAUGUUAUUUUCUGCUGAUGUUACCAUGUUGGUACUUGUAUGCACACCUUUGUAUCUUUUUUUAGCUAUUGUUGUGCCCCCAUGUCUAGCUAGCCAAUUCAGAACUGAAGUUGUUCAAUGAGAUGUCCCCCAUGCAUGUAUGUGCAUGCACUCACUCCAUAUGUUCCAAACCUUGAUACGUUGCAUCAUUAUUCUUCACGUUUUUUUCACAUUGUUGAGAUCAGAAUGUUAAUGAAUUAAGUACUUUUUUGUAGACUUUAAGCUUGUUGAAUAUUUUGUGUGAUGUUACUUUAGCUAGAUACCUUUUCUGUUACAGCUGAAUAAGUUUUCCGCUUUUACUAUGUAGUUUUCUAAAAGCUGGAAAGAGGGAUUUGCACUCUGAUUUGAAUUUGGCUAUGGGAAUCUAUUCAGGUUGUGGUGUAAUUAAAACAACUUUGUUACAUCAAUGCAAAAUGCUCAAAAUAUGCCAUAUUACUUGACUAACUUCUUGGCAUUAGCACUCUUUUGCUUUGCUGAGCUUUGUGGUUGCCGUAUUUUAAAACUCAUUAGCUGCCAUUGUUCUUAUGGAAGCAGUUGAUCAGUAUGAUUCUAUUUAAUUUAUUGGUGGAACAUUGUUUCUAAUAUAACAUCAUUUAAAACAAAAUCUAUGAGCAGUAUUGAAAUGAAUGAUACAUAUAUUGGGUUUUCUUUGUUUGGAAAAGAAAGACCAUUGUCUGCUUCAGCAUCUGACUUUGCAUCAUGCCAAAACACAUGUCAACUUGGUUAAAAACAUUAAUACAUUUCUUAACUCCUUGUACUUUUCACCAAAUGGCAACAUUUGAUUACUGUCUAUGUUAACUGUUCCUUGUACCAUGUGGUGAAGUUCAACUGACAGGCCAUGCAAAUCAUGUUAUUUGAUUGCACGACCUUACUCCAGCUCUGUCUAACUUAAUCCCCACUUUAAAAAAGGCAAUCAAAAUAAAACUAUCAUAAUAAACUUAGUUUCCAUAGAAACACACAGGCUAGAGGAUUAUUGAAAAUAAUGUUAUUUCAGAAUUAUUUUGUUAGUUCAGCUUUUGCUCCAGUAUACAUUUCUAAUGCAUUCUCAUGAAACACAUUGUGAUCUAUGUGAUACAAUCUCACAUGACGUACUAAUGUAGUUCAGUCACGUAGCAGUGAAAAUAAGUCCAUUUGUUAACAAUUGCUGUAGAGUAAUUUAAUGAUUCACAUUAGAAUACAAAGGAAGUGACAGAGUGGUCUCACAAUUAAACUUCCAUGACAAAUGCUGGUAUCAAUCACUAAUGUGUACCUUAAUUACUUGCACACAUUUGGUGUUGUGUGUAUAGUAUAAUAUGUUGUUGGUGAUUGGGUUUUUCUCCUGUAGAGUACUCAGAAAAUUACCUGAUAUCUUUUAAUUUAAGAUUGCCUUGCACCAAUCAGUAUGAUAGCUGUAAUUCAGAACAUGUUGAUUUGUAAAAUGCACGAGGAUAAUCCAGUUCCAAUAAAACAAAAAAAGCAAAAACUGCUUACUUUUAAAGCUGUAAUACUGAUGAAUUUAUUUUGAAUUUUGAUUAUUUUAACAGAAAUCUGCCAAACAUAUGAAGCCAACUUAGUUCCUUAAAAUGUUUGCAUUUAACACAAAGUUAAACAGUAAACAAAUAAUACGAUGUUUACACAUCAACAUCAUCUUACAUAAUUUUAUAAUAAACAGUAAAUAAAUAAUGUGGAAUAUUUGCAAAUAUACUUCAGUAACUACAAUUUUAAUUAAUAUGUUCAAGCUUUUUUAAAUGGGAUUCUUGAAUAUUAAACAUUUUGAAGCAAAACAAAAUUAGGAAGUUAUUUUCAUGACCUCAAGACAGUAGUUUGAAGUAAUCAACAUUCCUGUUGACUUGUCAGUGUUUCCAAACUUCUGAGAACAUAGAAUUACAUACAAUGAAAAAUGGCAAAAAUUGGAAUUGUUGGCCAUUACCUCCUGUUUUCCCAAACUAGGAAAAAGUACAAAUCCUUACAAAAACUUUUCACAAUCAAAUAUUAGCCAAUACAAUGAACAUAUAACAGUACAGAACAAUACAGGCCCUUUGGUCCACAAUGUUGUGCCGACCUUUAAACCUCACCUAAGACUAUCUAACCCCUUCCUCCCACAUAUCCCUCUAUUUUAAAUUCCUCCAUCUGCUUAUCUAGUAAUCUCUUGAAUUUGACCAAUGUACCUGCUUCCACCAGCGCCCCAGGCAGCGCAUUCCAUGCCUCAACCAUUCUCUGGGUGGAAAAAAAAACCUUCCUCUGAUAUCUCCCUUGAACUUCCCACCCAUUACUUUAAAGCCAUGCCCUCUUGUAUUGAGCAUUGGUGCCCUGGGAAAGAGGCGCUGGCUGUCCACUCUAUCUAUUCCUCUUAAUAUUUUGUACACCUCUAUCAUGUCUCCUCUCGUCCUCCUUCUCUCCAAAGAGUAAAGCCCUAGCUCCCUUCAUCUCUCCUCAUAAUGCAUACUCUCUAAACCAGGCAGCAUCCUGGUAAAUCUCCUCUGCACCCUUUCCGACGCUUCCACAUCCUUCCUAUAAUAAGGCAACCAGAACUGGACACAGUACUCGAAGUGUGAUCUAACCAGAGUUUUAUAGAGCUGCAUCAUUACCUCGCGGCAAUGCUGACUGGCUUUAUAAAAAUCUCUCCUCCUGCCUCCUCUCGGAGGAAGUUUUCUGUUCUGGUUAAUUGUUGGGCUACAAUGAAAUAGGUUGCUUCCUUUAGUCUUAAACUUCAAUUGCACUCCAUUUGUUUUGACAAAUCCAAGUGUUGUCCCAGAUUGGAAUCAACUGCAUUUUGGAUUUUGGUUUCACCUUUUAUUUUCCUCCUGAAUUGCAUAUGCUCCUCCCCUUAGAAAAAUGAAGGGUGUGGAUAUGCUUCUAAAACUUCAGGAAAGCUCCUGAUUAGCUGGGUGAUAGAAAUUGACUGGACGUCCACAGCAGAAAAGUACAUUUUUGUGUGAGAAACUGCAUAAAAAGUCUAUUUUCUACUAUUCAGAGUGUCACAACUUAUAGUAUU